GAGAGAGAGAAAGAGUGUAGAGAGAUGUAACUAGUGUGCCACAGCAACCUGGCAGAUCAAUGAGCGAGGGGAUGAGAUAUGGUGUUAGAGACAUGCCCAGUCGUUUUCAUGCUGGUGUGUGACUUUACCCAUGAAUCUGAAGCACAGUGGACUUAACAGGUAACUUCCUUCACACUGCUGCAAGAAGACGCUCCAAGACCGAGAGAUGCAGACAAGCAACAGCUGGGCUGGCUGAUCCGAGGCUCGUUGGAUCCCAGCUUCAUCUCCACUUGAUCUCUUCUUGGUGACCGAGCAGCUGCUUGUUGUAAUCGCUACUCUUAAUUUCUUCUCAGCGAGACAGCACCCCAGUCUCUGCGUUGUUGGGAGCGAGCUAUUUUAGUCCUGCCAGGCUGCACUGUUGUCUUUACGGGGGAGAGGCAACACUCGGGAGAGAGGUGGCUGCUUUCUCUGUAAAUGUGCGUCCCCGCGACGGGCGGCGGACUGUCACCCCCAGAGCGUCCUGCGGCUGCUGAGAUCUCCUGGAAAACACCCGCCUGCCUGCGCCUGUGGGAUGGUGUGACCUCCAGCCAGCUGUUGGCCGCCCCACAUCUGGGUCAAGAUGCCAGUGAUGAAGGGCCUCCUGGCCCCGCAGAACACCUUUCUGGACACCAUCGCCACGCGCUUCGAUGGCACCCACAGUAAUUUCCUGCUGGGUAACGCUCAGGGCCACCGCGGCUACCCCAUCGUCUACUGCUCAGAUGGCUUCUGUGAGCUGACGGGAUUCACCAGGACUGAAGUGAUGCAGAAGAACUGCAGCUGCCGCUUCCUGUACGGCGCAGACACCAGCGAGCAUGUGGCCCAGCAGAUGGAAAAAGCUCUGGAGGGCCGAGAGGAGUACCAGGCCGAGGUCCACUUCUACAAGAAGAACGGCGUGGCGUUCUGGUGUUUGCUGGACAUCGUGCCUAUAAAGAACGAAAAAGGCGAGAUGGUCCUCUUCCUCUUCUCGUUCAAGGACCUCAGCGAAACAUACGGAAAAGGCCUCCACAACAGCAGGAAGGAGGUUUCAGAAGACAAGAGGCACAGGAGGAAGAGCAGUUCCCACUUCAGCGAGGCCAGGAAGCGAGGGCGCACCAUGCUGUACCAGCUGACCAGCCAGUUCUCCAGAGGGGGCAAAGGAGAGGUCAACCUGGGUGGGAGCAUCGUCGACAAGCCGUCCAUACCGGAGUACAAGGUGGCGGCGGUGCACAAGUCGCGCUUCAUCCUGCUCCACUACAGCGUGUCCAAGGCCCUGUGGGACUGGCUCAUCCUGCUGGCCACCUUCUACGUGGCCGUCACCGUGCCCUACAGCAUCAGCUUCACGUCGCACGACGACAUCGUCAAAGCCGCGCGCUCCACCUUCAUCAGCGACAUCGCAGUGGAACUGCUCUUUAUUAUUGAUAUCAUCCUAAACUUUCGCACCACCUACGUGAGUCAGUCGGGCCAGGUGGUGUACGAGGCUCGCUCCAUCUGCAUUCACUACGCCACCACCUGGUUCUUCGUGGAUCUGGUGGCGGCUCUGCCCAUCGACCUGCUGUAUGUCUUCAACAUCACUGUGACAUCUCUGGUCCACCUGUUUAAGACGAUCCGCCUCCUGCGCCUCCUGCGCCUCCUUCAGAAGCUGGACCGCUACUCUCAGUACAGUGCCAUGGUGCUGACCUUGCUGAUGUCUGUGUUUGCCCUGCUGGCGCACUGGAUGGCCUGCAUUUGGUACAUGAUCGGACGCAAGGAGAUGGAGACGAAUGAGACGUGGGACAUUGGGUGGCUUCAUGAGCUGGGCAAGCGUCUGGAGACGCCCUACAUUAACAGCACGGUGGGCGGCCCGACGGUGCGCAGCUCCUACAUCGCUGCCCUCUACUUUACCCUCAGCAGCCUGACCAGUGUGGGCUUCGGCAACGUCUGUGCCAACACCGACGCUGAGAAGAUCUUUUCCAUCUGCACCAUGCUCAUCGGCGCUCUGAUGCACGCCCUGGUCUUCGGUAACGUGACGGCCAUCAUCCAGCGCAUGUACUCGCGCCGCUCGCUGUACCACACGCGCAUGAAGGACCUGAAGGACUUCAUCCGUGUCCACAGCCUGCCCCAGCAGCUCAAGCAGCGCAUGCUAGAGUACUUCCAGACUACAUGGUCCGUCAACAACGGUAUAGAUGCCAACGAGCUCCUGCACGACUUCCCUGACGAGCUGCGAGCCGACAUCGCCAUGCAUCUGAAUAAGGACAUCCUCCAGCUGCCGGUCUUUAAGGGGGCCAGCCGCGGCUGUCUGCGCUCGCUCUCCCUACAUAUAAAAACCUCUUUCUGCGUCCCUGGGGAGUACCUGAUUCGCCAGGGCGAUGCACUGCAUGCCAACUACUUUGUCUGCUCCGGUUCUCUGGAGGUGCUGAAAGACAGCAUGGUCCUGGCUAUUCUAGGCAAAGGAGACUUGAUUGGGUCCGACCUGCCUGGAACAGACCAGGUCAUCAAAACGAACGCCGAUGUGAAGGCGCUGACCUACUGCGACCUCCAGUACAUCAGCGUGCGAGGCCUGAGGGAGGUGCUGGAGCUCUACCCCGAAUACGCUAGCGUGUUCGCCUCGGACAUCCACAACAACCUCACCUAUAACCUGCGCGAGGGCAGCCAGGACGAGGGCUUCAGAAGAUUUUCAAGGUCACCUCGGCUUCACCAUGAAUCCAGGCUUCCCUCCAUCGUGGAAACGAAGGGCGAUGACUCCGAUGACUCUGCCCACCUCUCUCCAGCCACCCGCUCCCGCCGCAACCUCCUGCUGCCAAACUUUGCCAGCCCCGUCCGCCGCACCUCCCUGGGGAACCUCCUCGGGGACGAGCUGCGGCAGUUCAACGCCCUGCGGCGGUGCCGCUCACCAAACCUCAGCCGCGGCUUCCUCGGGGGGCAGAGCUCAUCAUCGCCUCAGCCGCCCACGAAGAAAGACCACAGCAGUCCCACGUCAGCGCCGGCCUCGGCCUCGGCCUCGGCUUCAGCCCAGGAGGAGGCAGAAGCUGAGCAAAAGCCUUCAAAGCUGCUCAUUCCCACCGUCACUUGUUUUGGGCCUCCGGAUCUCAGCCCCAGGGUUGUAGACGGCAUUGAAGACAACGGCCACACGUUCCAUUUCAGCGUGGAGCACAGCGGGCCCAACGCCAGUGCGGGAGGCGGCACCCAAGACGCCACGCAGCCGAACGCCGCCCUGCUGCUGGAGACGGAGGAGGUCAGGCAGAGCAUCACUCAGCUCAGCCUUCAGAUGGGUGCAUUAAACCAGGAAGUGUCGGAGCUCACCAAGGGGCUGCACCACAUGAUGCACCUCCUCCAGGCUCACGUGUCCGUGCAUCACUGCAAAGCCUCGUUCCCUUACUAUCCGUACGGCGUUCAGAUGGUCUCCAGUCCUCCGUCAGCCCCCAGCACCGGCAUUCCGUUCAACCCCGCCGCCUGCCAGCUUCAUAACGACCCGGGGAGCCACGGCUAUCAGGGUGCCCUCGGCGCCGGCCAGUGGAGCUACGGCGGAUCCGUUGAAAUCCAGACGGAGAGCCACCGCCGGCCUCGGUCCUCAAGUCCACCUGCAAACUCAAAUUUAGCCCCCUGUCAGAACUCAGAGAGCACAGUCGGUCAUCUGUGGACAAACCCGUCUGCUCUCAACAUGGGCCGGGGCCUGCAGGGGUCAGGCUCUGAACCUCAUGCUGGGCAUGAGGACUCCGGCAGCAGACCUCUCAGUGCCAGUGCGCCCGCCAUCAGUCAGUCCCAGCCCACUCUGUGCCUGCAGCCCCCGACUGACAGUGAUGAAUUUUCCUGCUUUUUGUCCAGCGCUCCUGCAGGUGCUUCCUCGCAGAGUCUGUUGGACUCGUCGCCUGGCUCUCUCUUCGAUCUCUGCGCGACUUCCGAGUCGCAUCUGAACCGUCCGAAGGCCCCCAACGAGGCCGUUCGUGUUCUGACGCCUCGUAAUCGGACGGAGGACUCACACCCGUCGAGCCAUCCCAGCUCUGCACCUUCACCCGCGUCACCCUCUCUGGAUUCAGGAUCACCGCGAGCAGGUGUGCAUGAGCCCCGCCUCCCGCUGGGCAGCCCGUCUGCCGUGGAACACACCAGCCUGGAGUGCUUACUGGGGAACAGGGGCUCCAUGGACAGCAGGGACAGCGAAAGCGCGUCGUCUCGCCGGUCCAGCAUCGGCGUCCAGACUCAGAGCACAGAGCAGUCCUGGUGUCUGGACCUCACAGACUGAAGCGUCUGUGGCAGUGUUUAAAGGGAUCCUCAUUAUGUGCGCAGUUUCUCCCCCUUUAAAGUCCUCCCUUGUUUGUCAAGCUCAACAUUAUUUUUGAAAUCUCUAUGCAAAAGCAUGUCAUUUGUGCAUUAUCUUGGCUUUACUGAAGUGUGUCUUGACAAAGAGCUCUCUAAAAGUGCAUUUCCACUAUAUGCUGUAUAUUUUCUCCGACAUCCUCAGAGCAAUUUGCAGUUGAUGAUACCUGUUACCUCCUUGCAUGGUAAAGUUGUUUAUUCUUUUUCCUAAGGAAAAGGUUUUCCAGAUUAAUGUGUAAGCAUUCUACAUGACAACCUGUUGAUUGUGUACACACACACACACACACACACUGUAUUCAUAUGGCAGACUGCUCAGAGUGGUUUGGAUGUUUUUCAUGCACAGGAAAACGAUGGUGACACAUGCUUCCCUUUGCA